GUUGAGUGGAUCAUGACUUGUCCCAUCUUGCAGUUGAAGCUAGUCGUCCUCGCUGGUGCUCGGGUGCCAUCCUACAGGCGGUUCAUGAUGCCGCUGCUCUCCGCAACCAUUCUCAUUUGCGGCAUUGCCUCGAGCUUGACGGACACGUUCAUGAUGUACGUGUGGUUCGCCUUCGGCUGCAUCUUUUGCUUGAUCAUGUUUUAUUACAAUGCCCUGCAGAUCACUGAGAACAGUGAAGGAGAGGAGAACUGGUAUCGCGGCAAUUCGGACUACCGUCGGCUCUCACUCCUCCUCAUUUUGACCUGGCUCCCAUUCCCCAUCUGGUAUGUCCUCAGCCCGGAGGGCUAUAGCCUCAUCGAGGAUGAGCUCAUCAUCGAGCUCGGGUGGGUGGUCCUGAACAUGCUGGCAAAGUUCUCCUUCAUCGUCCUCCUGCAGCGUUCGAAGCUGGUCCACCAGCGUAAGCUGGAAGCUGCUCGCGAGCUCUACGGGCUCUCCCCCAGCGACGAGGUGCCCGAAACAGUUCUGGCCAAGAAGGGCAUGAAGGAGUCGGCUGGAGGAACCGGCCGUGUGCAGGGAGCACCAUCAGAUUACGGGCUCGGAUUGGGCGAUGACGCUGAGAGCGAAGAGAAGCUCAUUGAGCUGGUUGCGGACUCCAUGGUGACCUUAG